CAGUUUUUAAUAAUCAACAAUAUUCACCUCCUAGCGAGUGGAUAAUGUGUGAGCUCGGUGUUUUUCCCAUUUUUUUAGAGAACAAUCUUUUAAAAGUCGACAAAAUCCUAGCGCUGACUUUUUUUUAAGGCAAGAAAAGACUUGGAAGGAUUCAAUACGGCGUUUUUCAAUUUACUGUAGCUGAGUUUUGUGCUCGAUGGAUUGUUUACAACUCCCGUGUAUUCGCGUAGAAGAAGCCGUUUCGUGAACUCAGCGUUUUCUAACCAGAAAAUUUUGGCUCAAAAAUCGAAGUUUAUUUAUGACAAACAAAUUUAAAAGGAAAUGUUUGCAGAAAUUCUACGUUUCAAGUAAACAGGAAAAAGAAUGAUACAGGAAGACGACGUCUUACCUCGAGCAACCGAGCCGCCAUUUUUGUCAGCACUUCAUGCGAAGAACGACACAACAAGCCCUUUUGGCUAUAAACUUGGCGAGUCAACAGAAACAAGAAAGCUCCACUUUUCUUCUCAGGUAAGGAAACAGUUCAAACUUUUAGCGGUUCCAUUUAUGAUAAACUUGUGAAUUGCCAUGCUUGAAAAUGCUGCAAAGAUCUAUGUUUAAACUUACGCGUGAUUUGAUCUGUCAAUCAAAUUGUACUUUUUAAUGGUUUCCUCUCUGAUUUUGUUGAGAUCACGUCGUGUGUAUAUACUAAAACAAUUAUUCUUUUCAAUCUCGGUGAAUAGCGGCUUUGGGAAUAUUUACCUCGCCGCUUUCGCGGCUCGGCAAAUAUUUAGCCACUAUUCACCUCGAUUUCAAAGAAUAAUUGUUAAUUACUUAUUUUUAUUCAUUAUUAUUAUUAUUAUUAUUAUUAUUAUUAUUAUUAUUAUUAUUAUUAUUAUUGUGCUUUAACCUGAAUAAAAGGGAGUUCUGCGACGCUUUAAAACUACGCUAAGAAUUGUUGAGAAAUACAGCAAAAACUUGCCAAUUUAUGACGAAAAGGUACUUUAAAAACGAACUAAAACAUUCAAAACGCUUUGAUCACGUGACUGAUGACGUCAUGUCCCUCUUUUGGUCAUAAAAAAAAUUAUCAGGAAGAAAAUUACUUUCCCAAAAAUUUUCUCUGCCUUGCCCUCGGGCUAGUCUCCCGACUUUUUCGCUCAUGUUCAUAUAUUACCGUCUUAAAUUUUAAAUGCCGGACGUCAACUGGUUAUUUUUAAAUGCCCCACACAACUAAAACCUCAAAUGUACUAUUUGUUUUUAAAUCUUUUAACAGCAACAAAAAACCCUAAUUCGGAAACAGUCACAUGACUGAUGGCGUCAUUACCUUGGAUGUGAUACGGGAAGAUAUUUUAUGGCAAAUGUUUUCUUGUUGUGGUCUGACAGUCUUCUACGUAUAAAAUUGUCAAAGUUAUAUAGCUUUUUAAAAAAUUGCCUCAAAGGAUUCUGGGAGAUUUUUUUAUAAUUAUUAUAAUUUACUUUUAUGAUAAUUAUUAUUAUUUGUCCCAAGGCCCCAUUAUUCUGCGCGGCUAAUGCGUUUCGGGUCACGUGGUCAGAGCGAAGAAGUGCGUGAGUGUUUCUUGCCCGUUCGCCAUGGCGUCACCAAAGUGAAUUGACCGAGACGGCCUGGGAAAACGCUGUACAGGGAAACCUUCGCCCUAAAAAUCCGACGCCUUCCAUGCUACGCAGGAUACGUCAGGAAAGUCAAAAGAGUUGCGAAAAUUAUAGUUAAAAGGAACUUCAUCUAGUCACGUUGUUACUUCCUAUAUUUAACCACUAUUCGUGAUUCUACUGACCAUGGAUACUAGAAAAGGGUCAGUUAAAGUUCCACCUUUUUAUAAAAAAAUGUUUAAUCUUAAGUGUUACCGGAUCGCUACAGAGCCCGACCGUCUCACGUCCACGUAAUAUAGCCACAAGGACCUGCACAAUCUGUUCUCUUAAUCAGGCUUUUUUUCCUUUUAGAUGUGAUUUUUUUAACGCUUUUGACUCCCCUUAAUUGUGUCAUAGUGCCAGCUAUUAUACAAAGAUGACAAAGAAAGUAAUAAGUAAACACAUUGUUCAGCUACUGUACAAUAUAUGUUUUUGAGGGUAACUAUCUAAGUCUUGAAAGUUAAGUGGAAUUGCACAUUAACCACAGGCAUUGAGGUGAAAAGUUUCUCGUGCCAUAGCCAUAUUAGUUUCGUGGUAUGAAAUCCUCUUACCAGCUAAUUGUUGCACUUCACAGUGCAUUAAAUUUUUCUCGCUCAGGAAGUGCCUUGAUAAGAUACAAUCAAGUUCACAGUGAUAUUGAAAUUGACCAACUUAGAACAGGCGUCAUCGUUUAAUUUCUUGUACCGUGGUUGUCUGGAAUUAAUGAGGUUAAUGCGGAGUGCGAAAAACGUGAAGUGGAGAAAAUGAGGAGUUCGUAUUUUUGUGUAGGUAAAAGUCUGUUAAACUUUUCUAUUUUUACAAGGGAACCACUCGCACCAAAAAAUUGGUGUAUGAAAUUCCCCUGAAAUUGCGCAUUUCCCUAGAGUAAUAGACAAGGCUUCACAUUGCCGCCGGGCGCAUAUUAAGCCGGGGGGGCGGUUAAACUAGAUUUGUGCGGAUGUGCCGCUGGGACCCUCUUAGCCCAUAGCAAACCAAGCUCAGGUGAUUUUUGUGACCUUCUACUAUAGACUAAGCUCCCCAAACCCCUCCUUUUUCUAGAGUUGCUACUUUCCAGAAACUACAGAGGUCGACACUUUCUUUGCUAUUAAAUUGAGUUGCGAGUAAAGUUUGAAUUUGCCAGUUUCAUAAUUUUGAGCAACGGACGAGGUUGAUUUUUGAGUGUUGAUUUUCAUUUUCCCUCACUAUAAUAAAUUUUCAACCAGUUGUUCAGUUUACUUCCCCCCGCCCCUGAUUGCAUCAUGAAAAUACCGACGAAUAAAGACUUCUUGAGCUAACAGCACUGAUUCCGGCAUUUAUGUGAAGAAUGUGAAUUCGUAAACUUACAAAGAGUUUCAUUGUAGAAAAAGAGUUUCCUUGAGUUUAAUUGUGCCGUUUUUAUCUCUUGUCACAGGACUAACCUCCCCGAUUUUAAAGGUAUAUUGAAAGUUAAUGAACGUUCGAUAAAUAUCCGAUCAAUAGGCUUUUAAGGUUCUAGAGCAUUCUAAGUGUUUUCCUUUAAAAAUGAUACAUGAUGAAUAACCAAUUUGCUAAUAUUCAGAGUUUCAUUUGGAAAGAUAAAUAUUAUCAGUGUGCUUUUUGAGAGUGGCUUAUCCUUUAAAUGGAAAAACGGAGUUAGCAAGAAGGAGUUAGCAACUGCGAAGAAAGAUUUCGAGUGUCGAAGGAAGAAUUAGAGAGAGAGGAGAAAUGUAGCUUGGAAGAGAAAGAGAAUAACAUCAAGAAGAACAUAUGUAGAUCCCUAUUGCGAGUAAGUAAGAUAAACCUUGAAAAGUUCAACUGGUUGAUUGUGGUGGAGUUCCUCUGGUCUCUCCUUCUCCAUCAAUAAACGACAGGCAGCAUCAUUUAUCACUCUUCCCACUAAAUGACAAACUCCGCAAUGUCUACACUUUGUGUCUUGACACUCCUCAUUUUCCACACUCCCGUAUUCAAAACACUUUGCAGUCUAUGUUUUCCACAUUCCACACUCCUCGCUAUCCACAAUUCACUCUACACUACACCGCACUUAGCCUGCCCCUCCUCCCUUCUCCCUCGCGCGGUCUCGCGCCCAAAUUCCCUACUCCUCCUUCCCCGCGUGCGGUCUCGCGAACAAAUUCCAUUCCCCUUCGCUUCCCACUCCUCGUUUUCCACAAUCCACACUCUUCGUUUUCCACACUCUACACUACACCGCACUUAGCCUUGUUUGCCUUGUUAAUGGUCUGUAACGUGUCAGUUAUCUAUUAAUAAUCCCAUCGAAGCGAUUUACUUUGCUAGAAAAAAGGCGAAUAUAAUUAGAUCUUCCUGCCAAGUUAUAUCGCCGGUAGUAAUUUACAUAAAUUAGCAACCAACCACACGAUGCCUGGUUUGUAAACCAAAAAUCGUGAAUAUGCUCAAUAACUGACUGUAAAACGUAAAGGAAUGCAAUCUAUAAGAACCAUCCAACGUUCUUGCUUAACAUUGGCCCAAAGACACGAUUAAAAAGAAAGAUAGCGGCGAACAAAAGUUGCGAAAAUUUAUUAUUUUGUCUUAGCUAUACAUUUUCAUUUGAUUGGCAUGCAAAAAUGUAUUGAGUGCCCACGGAUUUCUAAGCAUAAAAUGGUUCACAAAGGGUGAAAUAUUUACAUCCUGUUUCAAUUUUGAUCUAAAUCGGAGUGCUAGUAAGAAAAAAAGGGGUUCAAAAAUGUCUAUUUUUAAGCCUUGUCAAAAAACGUUCCCCCCCCUUGUAAAUGACAAUGAACAGGGGCCGUCAGGGGGGGGCCCAGAGAAAAAUUGAUAACAUUUUUAUUGAGAGGAAGGAUGAUAUUUUGCUAUCAUAUAAACAGGUUUUUAACUGUUAGUCUGCUUUCUGAAAUAUUUACCUAACAAAACUCCAAUUUUUAAGGAGAAAAUUGUCCCAAAAAAUGCAAUUUUUGGCCCAAACUUCCCCCCCUGAUGCCCAGUGCAGGUUUUUGUUAUAACAUAGAACAUAUAGCCUAGUAGUAGCUCAACCAACCAGAACGCAGCAUUGAUAAUAGACCACUAGGUGGAUUUUACUAAAAAUCUUUAUUCAUUCUAUAAUUAUUAUUACCUUUUUUAUUCAUUAUUAUUAUUAUUAUUAUCAUUAUUAGCGCUUGCAGUCCGCCUGGGUGGUCUGGGCCUUGAAGCAAGCCUCGAGUAAGCUUCUUUAGUCAAAGUAACAACACCCUUCGUUCAACAAAUCGUAUCUCAGUCACUCCAGAUACCGAAGAUUCCGUCAUAAGGGAAAGUUCAUUUAACAUGACAAGGGGGGAUGAAGAUAUUGAGGGGGGGCUCCGAAAAUUUUUAGACACCCGAAGGGGGGGCUCUGAAAAAAUUGUUGCGCUAGGAGGGGGGCUCCGAAAAUUUGUAUACUUCAAAACCAACACAUGACAUCAUCAUACAGAUCGGAUGGUUUUCAACUCAACAAUUUAAUGACCUGUGCAACUCAGCUAUAUCACGUGGUUUACAGAUAUAACAAAUGUAGUCUCAGUAAUUAUUACACUCUUGUUCAUCCCAAAAAAUGCUUUAGAAAAUUGUAUCACAAUUGUAUCUCAAGUUUGUCAUAGUAUAAACCAUUGAAGACAAUAACGGUAAAUAUAUUUAAUACAGUCAAGCGAUCUUUUUUCAGGGGACCAAAGGAAUUGAAGGAGGAGGGGGGGGGGGAGGCUCUGAAAUUUUUUCGACUACCAAAGAGGGGGCUCCUAAAAAAUUGAACCGCUAGCGAGGGGGGCUGCUAAAAUUUCAGCCUUCGAGUUUCAAUAUCUUCAUCCCACCCCCUUGUCAUAUUAAAUGAACUUUCCCUAAAAUCAGCACAGCAGGCAGUGUGAAGUAAAAGAUCACAGGAACUCCAAGAAAAGGAAUAGAAAACGUAUCAAGGAGAUGGCACCACAGAAGACUAAGCCAGCAUUAGAUCUGGCGAUGGAAAAAGGUUCAUCGGCGUGGCUCACAGUGCUUCCUAUCCAAGAUUUGUGCUUCAACCUGAAUAAAAGGGAGUUCCGCGACGCUUUAAAACUACGCUAAGAAUUGUUGAGAAAUACAGCAAAAACUUGCCAAUUUAUGACGAAAAGGUACUUUAAAAACGAACUAAAACAUUCAAAACGCUUUGAUCACGUGACUGAUGACGUCACGUCCCUCUUUUGGUCAUGAAAAAAAUUGUCAGGUAGAAAAUUACUUUCCCGCAAAUUUUCUCUGCCGUGCCCUCGGCCUAGUCUCCCGACUUUUUCGCUCAUGCUCAUAUAUUACCCUCUUAAAUUUUAAAUGCCGGACGUCAACGGGUCAUUUUUAAAUGGCCACACAACUAAAACUUCAAAUGUGCUACAGUCGACUCUCUCUUAACGGACACCUCUAUAAGACGGACACCUCUGUAAAAAGGACACUUAGAGUUGGUCCCUGCCUUUCUUCACUCCUUUUAUUUGACUCUCUAUAAGACGGACACCUCUCUAAGACGGACACUUAGUGCCGGUCCCAAAGAUGUCCGUCUUAGAGAGAGUUGACUGUAUUUGUUUUUAACUCUUUAAUGAAAUCUUGUCACUGUAACAAAAAAACCUAAUUAGGAAAUAGUCCCGAGACUGAUGGCGUCAUUACCUUAGAUGUGAUACGGGAAGAUAUUUUAUGGCAAAUGUUAUCUUGCUGUGGUCUGACAGUCUUCUACGUAUAAAAUUGUCAAAGUUAUAUAGCUUUUUAAAAAAUUGCCUCAAAGGAUUCUGGGAGAUUUUUAUAAUUAUUAUAAUUUACUUUUAUAAUUAUUAUCAUUUGUCCCAAGGCUGCAUUAUUCUGCGCGGCUAAUGCGUUUCGGGUCACGUGUUCAGAGCAAAGAAGUGAGUGAGUGUUUCCUGCCCGUUCGCCAUGGCGUCACCAAAGUGAAUUGACCGAGAAGGCCUGCGAAAACGCUGUACAGAGACCAGGCAACCUUCGCCCUAAAAAAUCCGGCGCCUUCCAUGCUACGCAGGAUACGUCAGGAAAGUUAAAAGAGUUGCGAAAAUUACAGCCAAAAGGAACUUCAUCUAGUGACGUUGUUGCUUCCCAUAUUCAACCACUAGUCGUGAUUCUACUGACCAUGGAUACUAGAAAAGGGUCAGUUAAAGUUCAACCUUUUUAUAAAAAAAUGUUUAAUCUUAAGUGUUACCGGAUCGCUACAGAGCCCUACCGUCUCACGUCCACGUAAUAUAGCCACAAGGACCUGCACAAUCUGUUCUCUUAAUCAGGCUUUUUUUCCUUUUAGGUGUAAUUUUUUUUAACGCUUUUGACUUCUCUUAAUUGUGUCAUAGUGCUAGCUAUUAUACAAAGAUGACAAAGAAAGUAAUAAGUAAACACAUUGUUCAGCUACUGUACAAUAUAUGUUUUUGAGGGUAACUAUUGAAAGUUAAGUGGAAUUGCACAUUAACCACAGGCAUUGAGGUGAAAAGUUUCUCGUGCCAUAGCCAUAUUAGUUUCGUGGUAUGAAAUCCUCUUACCAGCUAAUUGUUGCACUUCACAGUGCAUUAAAUUUUUCUCGCUCAGGAAGUGCCUUGAUAAGAUACAAUCAAGUUCACAGUAAUAUUGAAAUUGACCAACUUAGAACAGGCGUCAUCGUUUAAUUUCUUGUACCGCGGUUCUCUGGAAUUAAUGAGGUUAAUGCGGAGUGCGAAAAACGUGAAGUCGAGAGGAGUUCGUAUUUUUGUGUAAGUAAAACUCUGUUAAACUUUUCUAUUUUUACAAGGGAACCACUCGCACCAUAGAAUUGGUGUAUGAAAUUCCCCUGAAAUUGCGAAUUUCCCUAGAGUAAUAGACAAGGCUUCACAUUGCCGCCAGGCGCAUAUUAAGCCGGGGGGGGUUAAACUAGAUUUGUGCGGAUGUGCCGCUGGGACCCUCUUAGCCCAUAGCAAACCAAGCUCAGGAGAUUUUUGUGACCUUAUACUAUAGACUAAGCUCCCCAAACCCCUCCUUUUUCUAGAGUCGCUACUUUCCAGAAACUACAGAGGUCGACACUUUCUUUGCUAUUAAAUUGAGUUGCGAGUAAAGUUUGAAUUUGCCAGUUUCAUAAUUUUGAGCAACGGAUGAGGUUGAUUUUUGAGUGUUGAUUUUCAUUUUCCCUCACUAUAAUAAAUUUUCAACCAGUUGUUCAGUUUACUCCCCCCCCCCCCCCCCCCCCCUGGGUAAAAAGACAGUGUCGCUGAAGAGAAUUAAGUUUAAAAUUGUGUCAUUGCCGGACUGUAUCAUGAAAAUACUGACGAAUAAAGACUUCUUGAGCUAACAGCACUGAUUCCGGCAUUUAUGUGAAGAAUGUGAAUUCGUAAACUUACAAAGAGUUUCAUUGUAGAAAAAGAGUUUCCUUGAGUUUAAUUGUGCCGUUUUUAUCUCUUGUCACAGGACUAACCUCCCCAAUUUUAAAGAUAUAUUGAAAGGUAAUGAACGUUGGAUAAAUAUCCGAUCAAUAGGCUUUGAAGGUUCUAAUGCAUUCUAAGUGUUUUCCUCUAAAAAUGAUACAUGAUGAAUAACCAAUUUGCUAAUAUUAAGAGUUUCAUUUGGAAAGAUAAAUAUUAUCAGAGUGCUUUUUGAGAGUGGCUUUUCCUUUAAAUGGAAAAACGGGGUUAGCAAGAAGGAGUUAGCAACUAAGAAGAAAGAUUUGGAGUGUCGAAGGAAGAAUUAGAGAGAGAGAGGAGAAAUGUAGCUUGGAAGAGAAAGAGAAGAACAUCAAGAAGAAUAUAAGUAGAGCCCUCUUGCGAGUAAGUGAGAUAAACCUUGAAAAUUUCAACUGGUUGUUUGUGGUGGAGGUCCUCUCGUCUCUUCUUCUCCAUCAAUAAACGACACACAGCAUCAUUUAUCACUCUUCCCACUAAAUGACAAACUCCGCAAUGUCUACACUUUGUGUCUUGUACACUCCUCAUUUUCUACACUCCCGUAUUCAAAGCACUUUGCAGUCUAUGUUUUCCACAUUCCACACUCCUCGUUUUCCACAAUUCACUCUACACUACACCGCCUUUAGCCUGCCCCUCCUCCCUUCUCCCUCGCGCGCGGUCUCGCGCCCAAAUUCUCUACUCCUCCUUCCUCGCGUGCGGUCUCGCGCCCGAAUUCCAUUCCCCUUCCCUGUCGAACGUCUGCCACGCAGGCUACACCGCACUCCUCGUUUUCCACAAUCCACACUCUUCGUUUUCCACACUCUACACUACACCGCACUUAGCCUGCCCCGCCCAUCCCUUCUCCCUCGCGCGCCGUCUCGCGCCCAAAUUCCCUACACCUCCUCCCUCGCGCGUGAUCUCGCGCCCAAAUUUCCCUCCCCUUCCAUUUCGAACGCCUGCCACGUAGGCCUUACCGCACUCCUCGUUUUCCACACCCGGCACUCCUGCUUUUACAGACAACCAUUUAUACUGCCAGUAAAAUCGACUUUCUUGAAUUUAUCUGCAGAUUAAGCUACAAUAGAUUGCGCUGCUUAGCCACACUAAAAUUCUUUUCCAAAGACAGUAAAACAGCGAUUUAAAUGAUCAUAAGUUGUAAGUAGGAUCGUGCUGGAAUUUUAAUGGUUGAUGGGAUGUUGAGGCACUUGAAUUACAAUCUAAAAGUGCUGGAAGUGCUUAUCUGAUCAAUAUUAUAUUGUACGGAAUUACGAGUACAGAAUUAGUGCACCCGCCGGAAAUGGUAUUAUUCCCAGCAAUAUCACUUCAGGUUCAACUUGCAUAAAGGCUGUGGUUCUCUCUGCUUUUUUGCCAUUGCGACAAAUUCUCACUGCAGUGAGAAUCGGAGCGCAGAAUUUUUGGAUUUUUUUAUCACCAAGAUGCUGCGUUACAUGCUACUGUUCUUUAUCGCUGCUUUGCCGAUUGUCAUUCUUCCUCGCAUAAUAAGCGGCGUUCAAGGAGUAAGUCCAUCUUUUAUUAACUGUAAAUUGAAACUGUUUAAAGAAUAAAUUGUUAAAUUGAUGGGGUGGACGAAAUGAAGCCUCAAGUGGUUUUUGAUUCAUCUCCAAUUUGCCUUGUAGCAUAUAUGGGAGCGAAUCGAAGGGGGAAUUUAACAUUAGAUCAGGAUUCGCAUAGUCCUUAAUUCCUAACCCCCCUUUGUUUUUCUUUACAAUUCUUACUCCCGCAUCGUAAGAGAUCUGAAAAGUUAGUAACAGAUACCGGAUUCAUUUUACUUUACAGAGUUCACUGUCAAACUACCAUGAAGAAAAGAACAUGUACGAGAGCUACUGGAAAGACGCGAACAUCAAGGAAGUUAAUGAAGGUGCUAAAAUAUCAGCAAAAGGUAUUACUGAAAAAUAUACAUUAGCUAUAGCAUCGCGAUUAUUCAUACUCACUUACAAUUUUAAAAUGUAGUCAAACACUUCCAGGGACGCAGCCAGCUUUUCGACUAGUUGCACGCUUGGCUGACCUUGAUUUCCACAUAUCCUGAAAACUGCACGCAUGACUAGUAUGCUGACCUCACCAACACUUUGAGCUCUUAAGCUUUUUACCUCACUCCCACAACGCAUGAUUUAUUAAAAGCGGUAGGGUGAUCAAACCAAAAGUUUGUAGGCCCGGGCCAACAGGUCUUUAUAAUGGGCUGCCUAUACCCCUGACGUUUGGAGUUGAAUUCCUGAGACCCAUAUCCAGAUUUAGAAAGAGAAAGAAAAUUUCGUUGUCGCUUGUUGCGUGAUCCAUAAAACGUAAAAUUAGGCGUGUUUGCGUCGUAGUGGUGCAAUGAGGGCAAAAAAAAAAAUUGAAAAAACCGUGUUAUGCACGUGCAGAGUUGUUUUUUUGCUAAUUAAACCUAUUGCUUUUUUGCCGUUCGCUUUGUCGUCACCUAGGUCCGAUCUUUAGGUCCCUGUUAUGACUUCGAAUGAGUAUGAUGGAACUAAAAAUGGAAUAAUAUACGUUUCUGGGAAACUGUCCACCUACCCCUCCCCUAUGAGCCAACAUACCUGACAACCAGUUACGCACUCAGACGGGUUAGUGGUCCCACGUAUAGUUUCCAACAAUAGCCUCCCCCUCAGAAAACCUAAUCGCGUUCAACCCGCAGUACAUGUGGUUGACCGAGGGAGCGAUGUCUGACCAGAAGUGGACGUAUUGCAUUCUUGGGAAGCGAUUUUGCCCAAAUGUUUGGGCAAAUCGUCUCUAUACACGUAAACGCAUUUAGCACUGAGACACAUUUGGUGGCUUCAUAAGACUGCGCCUCAAUCCCGGUUGACGUGCGCCGUCUAUAAACGCCGGUUUAAUUUCGGAAACCAACAAUGUUCUGUUCUAUUUUAGAGUGUUACCAUUACACGGUCCUUAACGAGUCCGGCAGAGCAAACUCCUUUUACAACAUCAGUAUUGACUUCCUUUGUGAUGAUCAUCUUAACGGAUGGUAUCGCUUUGGGGGAGAUGCUGGAAAGCAAAUGGCGGAUUCAUGUGUUCCGGAGUUUCGAUGUGGCGCAGAACUGCCGGGUUGGCUGAAUGGCAGUCAUCCUGAAAUAGCUGAGGGUGCUGUCCGACGCAAAGUUUGUUUCCGUUACAAAAACAAUUGUUGUGAAUACUCAACAAGCAUCACAGUCCGUAACUGUGGAGGAUUCUACGUCUACCACGUUGGGAAGCCCCCAAUUUGUAACUUUCGUUACUGCGGCAACGGAACACACAAACCAAGUGAGAAUUUAAUUUUCCCGUAUAACCUGCUCUGUCACUUAUUCUCAACCUCCUCUUCCCUCAGCCACCAACCCCUUCCCCCUUCGCAAUGUGACACCGGAACCUCGGAUCCUGCAUGGAAGAUUUGUUCCUCGGGCCUUCCUCGUCUCUUUUUACGCCUCAAACACGAUAACAUAUUUUCGCUUCUUCGUAUAUCAAACACGGUACGCAAUGUUUCAUCGUACAUUACCGAGGAAAGCAUUAAAAAUAUCCGAAGCGUAGCCGGGUGUGACAGAUUUUUUUCCCCGACCCCUCUUCAAAUACAACGAACUCGAAAACCGUUCCAGAUACAAGACUCCGACUACCACUGAUGCCUCAUACUAUCAUUACAAACAGCCAGAUGGUGACUGCCAUUACACUCAAACUACUCACUCUUAGUCUCGCAGUUGUGGGCCAAAUGCCCCCCACGCCGUAGCGAUAAAGUUUCAAGUGUUCGUGUGACACAAGAAUAUGGUGCUUGAGGACCUGCACUUAGCCGUGUCGGUCCUGUUGUCGUAGCUAAGGACUUACUCUUCGGCACUUUUCUUCGACUUCCUUUCUUAUUUUAAGCACCUUGCCUUUACUUUAAGGGUUUAGAAUAUUAUGAAAUUGCGUUUCUAUCUUAUAAGGAUUCUCCUAUCAGAUUGGAAAAGUAGACGUUUCGAAGACAAGGCAGGAAUGGAGUCGCAACAGCAGCAAAUGUGAAGCGCCGACUCACUGUACAUUGCCACGUUGCACAGAUGUGACUUUUCAUCGGGAAUUCGUUGGAUCACGGACUGUAAGUAUUUAUGACUGCAUACCAAGAUGUGCUUCCGCACUUUUAAAAUGGACUAAGCUAUGAGCUUAAACUUUACGUCAUCGUUAAAUUCAUGAACAAGGCUUUCCCGGGGAAUUUUAAAUGAGUCAAGGAACUAAUAUGUAUUCUAACCCUUCAGAGUCAAGAAUCGAAAAAAAUAAUGAUAAUAAUUCGCCGUCUUUUGGGUAAUGUUACCAGACAGUUUCGUGUUGGAGUUAAUCUCAGAAUAUCGAUUUCUCAGUUGAAAUGACUUCAAGUUAGACCAUACAAGCACUCGGUGUUUUCUUGAAAAUAAUAUUGUAAAGGAGACAAAAAAAAACGUUACAACGGUCGAUCAAAACAACUAAAACAAGGAGAACAGCUAAAAGGGAACAAGUACUUCGAUGGACUGACAGUGACAUAUCAACGGCACUGGUGCGCUUUAUCUGUUUUUACUUAUACGUAUUUCUAACCGAUGCAUUUUAGGUCCAUGUUUUUGUGUCACUGAGUCAUGAAGAAAACUCGUCGAUGGCUCACACACCCUCGGCUCUGUGGGCAGAAUCCAUCAAUACAGUUGGAUUUAAACUAUGUUCGCGCACGGCGGGUAAUAAAAACGACACGGGAAUGAUCAACUGGUUAGCGUUCGAAGACCAGCCAAGCACAGACAUAACGCAUGGAAGCGUUGUUCUUGGUGGAAUAUGGACAACAGAAACCAAGUGUGAAAAAGUGGCCUUUUCUCAGGUUAGAUCAUGAAAUUAGUUAACAAUCUGUUGAAAAUAAAAUACAAAAAUGCUGCUUGUAAGAACAACACUUUUUAGCAGGAAUUACAUUGUGCUUUCUGUGAUUUCUCAAGGUUUUUUGGUAUGUAACACAUUAACGUCAAUCAGUGCCGGACGGAGGAUUUUGUGAUAGAGGGGACCUAGAGAUAUAGUAACUGUAUACAGUGGUAAUAUGAGCGCGAUAGCGCCCAUCAGGACUGCGAGCCGGCGGUGCACUUUUCUAGGGAGUUUCGGGCGCAUGGUCCUCCGCGAAAAUUUUUGAGAUUGAAGUUCUCUGAGAUGCAAUCUAGUGCAUUCUGGACGCUUAAAUUUUAUUAUGCUAGAGGGGGCCGACGCGAUUGAGGCGGGAGCAUAACCUCCCAGCAAAGGCAGCAACAUUGUCUCCCUGAAAAAUUGUCAAAUCCAGUUUGUUUGAGAAGGAUAUUUACUGCAUGCGUUUUGGGAGCUUUGGUCAUUUGCGACCAAAAAUGUAGGCUUCGAACACAGAUUCAAAGAAGAUUUAUAAUAAAAAAAAAUUCAACAAAGGAAGUGCAUCCCAAGGACAUGACUCUAAGACCAAUCAUAAGAAAAUUCAUUGCAGGGGAUUGAUAAAUGUCAUCCUUCACUUGUUGCGCUUGGCAUAGUCGUCAAUAAUUGCAUCAUAAUCCAGAGCAACGUCCUUGUGAAUAAAGAGCAGCGACAGUGCGUUAAGGCGGUCUUCUCUCACGGUGCCUCUAAAACAACUCUUUACAAAGCGCAGUGAUGAGUUGCUACGUUCCACAGUUGCACUUUUCACAGGGGCGAUCUUUAGGAGUCGCAAAAUUGUGUGGAUUUUGGGGUAUAGGCCUCUGUUGCAGGCUGCCAAUUCUUCUUGUAAAAUGGAGGGUUUUUUGGUUCUAUUCAUCCUGAAAAUGAAAGCAACCACUUACAUAUAUCGCAAGACAGAAAUGGUUUCCUUCGCGUAUCACUGAAAAAACGUUUCAGAACCAUGUACAUGAGUACAAAAAAACUUAGUGAAACUGUGCUGUAUUCUUAUUAAAUUUGAAAUAAAAUUACCAUACCAAAAGCGCUUCCACAGCUCUGGCUCCUGAGACGCACUGUUUGGCAAUGGAAGAUCGGGCAAAUAGUGACGAAUAACUUUCUUUUGAGAAGACUUUUAAAGCUUCUGCAAGUUGGCAGGUAUCAGUAGCAUCUUUCGGUUUGUCGGUUUGAAGCUAGUUUAUAAGGGCGGAUGAUUCGAACAACAUUCCUUACAUUUUCUUCAGUAUUAACAAUGUUUAUUUAAGAAAAUAUAGUUAAGUAACAAAGCUCGACGUACCAUCCUACACACGUUUACAAAAGAACAAAAAUUCCGCACAAAAGGGGGGGCCUGGGCCUCCUGGGCCAACCCCUUAAUCCGCCCUUGUUAACGUUGUCAAAACCAAGGCCUCUGUCACGGAUUAACAGAUGGAUCAAAUUUCAGUCAAUCUUCGUCCAUUUCAUUGUCCAUAGGCUCAUUUGACCUCGUAUUUUGUCUUCCAGAGCUUUGCCUCUAAGCCGUACGUGUUUGUUUCCGCAAAAUACGGCCGCAGUACAAAGCCAACUGAUGCUGUUUAUGUAUGGUUGGAGAAUGUAAAUUCUGAAGGUUUCGAAGUUUGCAUCAGGGAAUUCUUGCCUUUUGAUGGAAAACACAGAGAUACAAUUCUGGUACGUGGGAAAUAACGAUAAAGUAUACACGUAACAUAGAUAUAUGUUUUUUUUUUUUUUCGGGAAUCCAUCCUCAUUUCACCAGCUGUGAUCUAGGAAUAGUUAGUGUCUGGCGUCCCACAAGGCUUCAUAUUAGGUCCUUUUAUAUUUAAUUUGUACUUAGCAGAUCUCCAGGACCACAUACUAUGCCAGUGUUUAACAGGUUAAUGCGUUUUUAGAAUUUCUGCAAAAACCGGAAAGGGAAAAUUAACAACCUCUCUUGAUAUGAGGCAUGGGCUAACUAGUACUUCGAAGGAUAUCAACUAAAACAGUAAAAUGAUGAUGAAUUCUCCAACUUAAUUUAGAUCAUUAUACGUUUCUGGGAAACUGCCUACCUACCCCUUCCCUAAGCCAACAUUAACACUUACUUCUCACUUAGGGCAAAUCCAUCAAAUGAUCCCUUGGAUCAUUUACGUUUCUGGGAAACUGCCCACUUAUCCCUCCCCUAAGCCAACAUUAGCACUUACUUCUCACUUAGGGCAAAUCCAUUAAAUGAUCCCUUGGAUCAUUGUACGUUUCUGGUUUUCUUUCACCGACAGGACUGGUUCGCAUUCCUCAGGCUUGACAACGUGACUGCCGGAGAAAAGUUCUUUCCAAAUGACGGAUACCCGUCAGCUGAGGACAACUAUGGCUUCUGCCAGGUGAGUGGUAGCUGUCAAUCAGCUGUCAAGGUAACAAAGACCAAACUACUUGAGUGUUUUGUUUGUGCUUUACUACGUUAAUCGAUGAGAACCACGAUCCUUUAGCCCCUGCCACCGGUCGAAACUAUCUCUGGUUACGUUCGUCUGCGAAACAGCGCGGAAAUCCUUGGUCUGGGCCCUCACAUGUUUAAGAGGAUUUGAGUACGCGCCAUAAUUGGUCUGUUUAAAAUGCCAUUGUCGAUUUGACAGUCAGGUUGAUGGGACAUACAAAACGUAUUUCAGAACAAGGAUAUCCCAGGAAGGAAAGGAAAACCCGGAAAGGAAUCCGCAGAACAAGGAUAUCGGAACGCUUCACAGACGUUACUAACACUGAGGUUAAAUUACGUUUGCUACGCAGGCCACGAUUCUAAAUCGUGUUGAAUUCCUUCUUUCUUACAGGACGUUUCUUUCAAUAAAACAUUCCAAGAGUCACCAGUUGUCCUUGUUUCUGUCAAUCACCGAUACGAUCGCCACGCGAACGGCCGGUUUCUCCUGGAAAAUAACAUAAUCUCGACCUGGGUGGAGGUAGGUUUAUGUUUCGUUCUCUAUACUCACGUCAUUAGACAUUCCCAAAUAGGAAAACGUUUAAAUUUUAAACCACGGUUACACUUUGGUGUGUUCAUUUCCUGCCGUUCUCUUUUUCUUUAUUCUUAACCUGUCGCCAGGUUUUUAUUAUCAUUAUAUUUUUUAUUACAGCAACUGUAAAAAAAACAUAACAUAAUAACGGAAAGGAAACGUUUCUUUUCGUUUCUUACUGCUGUUCUCGCUAUUAGCAAGAAAACGAUUCUCACCAGCAUAAUCUGCUAAAAUGAAAACGCACUUCUUUUGUAUUAUGAUAACUUGCUUGUACCUGUCUCUCUUUGCAGAACGUUGGCUUACAAUCUAUGAGGAUAUGUGUUAAAGACCUCAGUGGUUCAGGUCCUAUCCACGACCCACUUACUGUAACCUAUGCUGUUGUUGGAGGUACGUUUUUGACUUAGGCCCUUUAAGAAAGCUCCCAGCUCGUUGGUUGAAUUAAAAUUCCUUUAAACUGAACUCUACUAAAUUAUCCACCCUUUUUUUUCAACAUAGACAUAGAUCCUUGUCUUAAUGUGCAAUGCCCUCGAUUUGGAGUCUGCAAAGCAUACAAUGCUUAUGGCGGUCGCUGUGAAUGUAAUGAUCAAUGUCCAUCGUAUCAAGAUCCAGUGUGCAGUGCGAGCGGUACGACAUACGACAAUCAAUGCUGGCAGAAGCUCGGCUACUGCAAAAGACUUGAGAGCGACCCCCGUAUCUACCAUCCGGGAAACUGUGAAGGUAAGCAAGACCGUAAACUGCCACUUCUAAGCCGUUAUAGGUCCCCCUGGAUAUAAGCGCCCCCUCCCUGCCCCCGAUUUUUUAUUAACGUUUUCAAUCUGAAAUAAAGUUUAACUUGAAUUUGUGAAUGUGGUAGAUUUUGAACAGCUGCUUCCCAUUAUAUAGAGCACGCAGAAUUAUGGUAAAAAUGCGAUAAUUAGUCUCCAGGAAUACCUUAAUAACCAGUAAAUGUAAAACUUACUUUGAUCAGUUACUGCUAAAGAUGUUCCGAAGAAACUCGGAAGUGCUUUUUUCUAUUCUAGUCAUAAGCCCCGGCGGGUAUAGGCCCCUCCGUUUAUUGAUAACAGAGUCCUCCUAAAACCCCAUACGAAGAUGUAUAAGCCCAGGGCUUGCGACAGUUCACGCUAUGCUGCAAUAAAAUAACUUGGAGUAGCACCAAGCUGAUUAUAUUUGGUGAAACAUGAACAAAGUGAGACGGAUUGACAUCCCUCGUGGCUUUGCAGAUGUAGCGAAAUUUUCAAAAACCAAAUCUGAAGUGGCUCUGCACAACAAAGUCACGUUAUUACGCAUCCUCGUUGUUGUCAGCACUGUUGCUUUAUGUGAAAGUACUGGAUACAAUAAGAGCUCUAGCAAAUAAAUUCAUGGGCGACAGACUGUAAAUAUAAGUUGCUCCUGUAAAUAUCUAAAUGGAGGAAGUAAUUAUAAUCAUCAGUAUAAUGCCUAAAAUGCGACUAAUUGGACAAUUAGUUUUUACUCUACUAAAUCCUUUGGGAGUGGCCAUGGCCACCCACAAAAAGAGCAGCACAUGUACUGAUCACAGGACAUUUUUGUAGUAGUCAUUAACAACACAAAACAAAAAGGAAAUUCGUAACAUCACAACUGAACUCGACGAAAGUUGGUGAAAACGUCAGCUGAACCACAACUGAACAAGCAACGAAAGAAAAAAUUCCAAAAAAAAAAAAAAAUACGGGAUAAGCAAACUUGGGCUCGCAUCGGUAUACAGCUGAGCGGAAGGGCAGCGCAUAUGAGUAAGAGGCACUGAAAUCAUGAGAUUAUUCAUGAACCAAAUAGUGUUUUAAGUUGAUAUUUUUUUUUGUUGAACAGUUUUUCCUUUUGUGCGGGGCCGAGAAGACCUUCUCCGUGUUCCAAAAUGGCUCGAUUCAAGUUGUCAGACUGUUACAUUUCCACCAUACCGGUUCUACCCGGAUAAACAGGUUCAUGUCCAAAUAACUGCCAAUCACAUCAAAUUGAAUGACUCUGUUAAAGUCCACGACGCGGUGACUGCAUGGACAGAAAACAUCAGCGCAAAAACCUUUACAGUUUGUGCCUUGCAAGCAGGAAGGAAAAAAGAGAAAUUUACCCCUUUCGCCAGCAUUGAUUGGGCUGCCUAUCAGGGAGGGCCUCCUGAAGCACUUACGGGAACGGUUAAUUUGCCCAAAUGGUGGAGUGGUACAAACUGCGAGAAAGUGACGUUUCCCAAGGUAUGAUGGGAACAUUUUAAAUGUUUCCCGAACCGUUUUUUUUUUGUAUGCAGCCAGAGUGCCGAAUAAUAACCAUGACGAUGAAGGGAAUUUUGCAUGGGCUUAAUUGGUGUCUGCUACAUGAAACACAAAUACUAAACAAACGAAAAUUAUCAUCGCAAAAUCAUGCGCAAAGUUAACGUAAUUUGUAGUUUAUAUCGGCAUAUUACCUAAAACUUAGUGCCAGACCGCAACAUGUGCAAUACCGUAGGGAAUUUUUGUUCUUUCUUUAUAUCCUCCCUCGGUUUCUUUUCAGUAAUCCUAAACCAUCUAUAUGACUGUUUCGUCAUUCUUUAAAACCUUGUAAGGUCCCGUCGAGUGAACAUCACGAUGGAUUGAUUUAUCUUACAGCCUUUCGUCCACAAUAAACAUGAUGAAUUGUCCACCCAAAACAGCACUUUUCGGAAACGCUUUUCAUACAUCUCUGAAAACUCACUGUAUUCAUUUUUGCCAAAAAAAAAGAUGCGUUUUUCAAAUUUAGUAGGACUAGUGUGGACUCGUGUGGAAGGAAAAACAUUUUAUAUUGCGUUUCCCAAUUUCUCGGCAUUGUUCAAAUUGUUUUGUAGUUGUUGUUAUUUUCAGAACAUUCCAAUUUUGACAAACUUACUCGCUUUUUCAUCAGGGAAAUUUCACUGAGGCCCCAGUAGUCCUUGUGACUUCAGAGCAUCUGAAAACAGGUCAAGAGUAUGAUGCCGCUCUCAUCUGGACCGAAGACGUAACAAAUAGCUCAUUUCAAGUUUGUCUUCGGGAACUGCAAAACUUUGAUGGUAAACACGAGGAUAUUAGUGUGGUAUGUGUCAGAAGUAAAAUUAGAGGCAUAUUUAUUGCUCUUAAACGGAAAGAGAGAACUGGAGAAUCAUUUCUUUCAGGAAAAGUUGUCGCUAAGCAAGAUUCUUUGGGCAACAUAAUAGCCAGCAUAAUAGCCCAAGUCGUCUCAAAUAGGCGAUCGACACAGUUAUUGCGUUCGAGGUACGAGAACGCAACCCCUAUUUUGUGUUGGGUGUUCUGUGCAUUAUUGGGUUUCCUGUGCAAUCAAUAAGGGAGGUUUUUUCGAGAUUUCAUUUGUCGUCGUCGUCGACACACAUUUGCCUCGCUUUGAGGAGCUUGCUUACGUUUGCUCACGUGGCGAUUCGUGCGCAUUCAAGCGUUUGCUGAGGUCUUGUAUUCUGUCUUCGUAAAGCGUUCAUCUUUUAAACGUUUGCUGAAUCUUCGUAAAGCGUACAUAUUUCAAGAGUUUGCUGAAGGGCUACUAUCGAUCUGUGUUGGCUGAAUCUUUCAAAACGUUCAUCUUUCAAAAGUUUCGGCAGUCGUUGUGCCACAAAGUAAAUUUACCGAGUUGUGUAGCUCGGCGGCCUUUAUGCCACAAAUUAAAGCUACAACCAGCUGCAAAAAUGAUGAGACACUCCCACGGAAAAACGACCUUUCUUGCUUCAAAUCGCUCCUGGUCACAGGUCUGUAAAAUAUAAUACUGACCUCCCUCCUCCCUCCCAUUCAAAGUUGUUCCUCCAAGUUUUGAGUACGGUCUUGUAUUGCUAGCAACUUUGAUAAGCGGUGGAGGGGGGAUCACAAGCACAAGAUCAUGGACAGGCCAUUUAUGCCAAAAUACGGUACAGUGUCUCAAGUACUUUUGCAACUGGUUGUCUCAUUUAAGGUUUACUUCAACAAGCGAUUUCCACGUCUUAAAUUCCCAAAACGAAGACUAUAGCGACAUAAAUAAAUAGAAUGACACUUUGUGUUGCUUUACCCAGCCGAUACAGCAUUGUUAUUGAUAUCAAACUGCCUAAAAAAGCGCUUAAGAAUGUAGUGACUUGUAAAUUUUGCCUCACUUUUGUUGUAACGCAUGCGCCAUUAUCUACCGUGACAUAGCUUAAAGUUUCGGCGUUGUAAUUAAACUCUGAGAAGCGCGAAUGCAUAAUAAAAGCAUAAUUUUCCUUUUCUUGGUAUUUAGAGAUACUAUAGUUGCGAAUAAAGCUGCCAAACCUUCCUUUUCACCCCUGUAUCUGUAACGCAAUGACAUUUGAUAUGCAAUGGCGUUAUGUAAUCGGUAUACCGCGUGACUUAUUUUUCAACAUCGCUGUUAAAGUAAAACCGUUCAGUUUUUUUCAUCUACUACGGUGAAAAUAGGAUGGUUAUUAAAGUCCGUUAGAGCUAGAGAGCAGAAAACGUUGUGUGCUAUGUUAAUUUCUAUUUUCUGACGGUCUACCAUCACCACGGUCUACCAUUCUGCAACAGUAAGAAAUAGAAUAUAUUAUUAUAUUUAUCUCAUAUGAUGGUAGACCGUGUAGACCGUGUAGACCGUUGAAGCACGUAAAUUCCUGACAUUGCUGUGCUGGAAAAUUGCUUUUCUUGGGGAUAGUGUCUUCCUUUUUCCAAAGAAAUAAAUUUCCUUACCAAGUACAGAACUACAAAGCCACGUUAUAUGCGAGCUCUCGCGACUAUGUUACUGAAAUACGCACGUGAAUUUUCAUUAUCUGAUGCCUAUAGCCACACUCGGGCUUCAAAAUCGAAACAAAGUUGUAAGACGACCAAAGAGUAAACACAAAUCCAAACUUGUGUUAAGUAAAGUAAAGUCGCCAACAGCUGCUUUUUAGCGUAACUUUUCUUUCCCGUAAAUGGCAGGCGAUAAAAGAGGAACCACGUCCACGUACUUAUCGGAAACAACAACAAAAAGCUAUCUCCAUGAUCUAGCGGGGCAUCUUACGUCACUUUCCUCUCAUAAAUAAACAUCUUUUAACCGAGUUCGAAGAAAAUAUAUUAUUUUUCGCAUCUCUGUAGCGUUUUAGGACCAAAAACCCCUUUCGUUGCAGCUUACUUAAGAUGGUGUGGCAUCUUUUGCCACGUUCUUCCUUUAAAAGCCCAAGUUCUUGCAUAUUACCACAUAAACAAAAGGGCCAACAACUGCCUUUUUUGUCUCGCCAUUUUUAAACACGCAAACCGACAAAAAUGAAAUACUUUUUUUUUAUAACCACCUCCUUAGGUGCUAAGAGUGCACCACGUUUUACCCCGUUUAAUAAUCGUGCACCACGGCUAUAGGGGUAUGAAGGACUCAGACAACCAGUUGCAAAAAUGAUGAGACACUCCCACGGAAAAACGACCUUUCUUGCUUCAAAUCGCUCCUGGUCACAGGUCUGUAAAAUAUAAUACUGACCUCCCUCCUCCAUCCCAUUCAAGGUUGUUCCUCCAAGUUUUGAGUACGGUCUUGUAUUGCUAGCAACUUUGAUAAGCGGUGGAGGGGGGAUCACAAGCACAAGAUCAUGGACAGGCCAUUUAUGCCAAAAUACGGUACAGUGUCUCAAGUACUUUUGCAACUGGUUGUAGCUCGGCGGCCGUUGUGCCACAAAGUAAAUCUACAGAGUUGUGUAGCUCGGCAGCCGUUGUGCCACAAAGUAAAUCUACAGAGUUAUGCAGCUCGGCGGCCGUUGUGCCACAAAGUAAAUCUACUGAGAUGUGAAGCUCGGCGGCGCCGUUUCAUCAUGACUUGUGAUAUUUUCGGCACCGGACAAACGAACAUUUUGGGUCUAUGUUAUAUAUUCGGAAAAACUUAUAAACAGCCCACAGUAGCUCCACUCAAGUCACUGAAAUUAACCCACUCGACCAAAUUAUUGCACUUAUUGAGACGGACCAUACGAUAUAACUAGCCUUCAAGGCUUUUUCAUAAUGAUUCACAGUUUAAAUAGAGGUUGCGCUGUAAGCAAUCCUUACGUUUAAAAUAUGCCAUGAUCAAAUUAAAGCCCGGUUUCCAUAUCAUCGCUACUAUCGCUGUGAUCGCUGCGGUCGCUGAGACAAAAAAAACUUCAGCGAUCACAGCGAUCAUAGCGAUCAUAUGAAACCACUCUCCAGCGAUCGCAGCGACAACAAUCCCCGAGAUAUAAAAAGUUCUAUCUCAGCGAUCGUUGUCACUGCGAUCGCUGAACUUUUUUUUCUCAGUGAUCGCAGCGAUCACAGCGAUCGUAGCGUUCAUACGGAAACCGGGCUUAAUCUAUCGCAAUAACCAUCCACCCUUCCUCCUCAACUGAUACCCGUACGCCUUACAAACAUAUCGAACGCACUCUUCUAUAGCCUCCCACGCAGGCGUUUUUAGGGGAGCUCGUAUUUCUUCCCCUAAAAACGCCUUCGUGGGAGGCUAACUCUUCUAAGCUCCGAUUACUCUUAGUAUAGAAACACUUCUGAUGCGAUGCGAGACUAUCCAGACCACAGGGAGCCCGAACGCUGUAUUAGCUAAUAGAAAAAAAUUAGAUGUAUUUAAGCUGUAUUAGCUAAUAAAAUAAUAAGAUUCAUUUACCUUUCUUCCUGUGUCUUUAUGAAUCGUUUUGGAAGGGAUUUGAAUCCGAUCAGAGACGGUUAACGUUGCUGCUCAUCAAGAUGCGUUUGCUUGUCUUGCGUGUUGUAAACAAGACGCUCAAGUUUCCUCUAAUAUUGUUAACUAUUAAAUUGAAACCCGAGAUCAUCUCCCAAGGAGAUCGAGAGUUAAUAGUUAAUAUGACAAUAUUAGAAACGUGGCCGUUAGAGGAGAGUUAAUAGUUAACAAUAUUAGAGGAAACUUGAGCGUCUUUAUAUUUACAACACGCCAGACAAGCAAACGCAUCUUGAUGACCAGCAACGUUAACCGUCUCUGAUCGGAUUCAGAUCCCUUCCAAAACGACUCAUAAAGACACAGGAACAAAGGUAAAUGAAUCUUAUUAUUUUAUUAGCUAAUACAGCUUAAAUACAUCUAAUUUUUUUCUAUUAGCUAAUACAGCGUUCCGGCUCCCUGUGUCCAAACGAUUGAGGCGAUGGCAAUUGCCUGGAUAGGCUGGAUACGACUGAAGUUUUAAAUAUUCAUUCAGAACGUCGGGAUCCGGUCCAAGUCGUCGAAGAACAUUGAUUGAGGCUAUUAGGACGAUCUGGACGAGUGUAUGGAAACCAAGCCUUUAAUUUGUCGUACAAUCUAUCGCAUUUACCAAUUUGCGCCAAUUCAAUUCAAUUCAAUUCAUUUGUUCACAACUUAUUUGCUAAUUUUAAAAAAUUACAUGCCUUUUUUAUUGUUUAUGGGUAUAUACGUUCAUUUUAUUUGGUUAAUAUUAAGGUUUUUUAUGGUGGCCAAGUUAACCAUUCAGUUUUCUGGUUGGCCCCCGUAUUGCAAAAUACGUUUCUUUUAAAUACAGGCGAAAAACAGAACCAAACGAGACGCUGUGGGACCGUAUAUUUGAGCGUCGAUGUAGUAGGCGUGUGUGAAGUUUUUUUAUGUCUAUUAGGAUGUGUUAGUAGUGCAGUAGCGAUGUAUAUUUUAGGGGUUGGUUGAGAUGUUUGAAGUGGAAGGCGUGGAGUUAUAUUGGGCGUGGAUUAGUAAGAUAAUGGCUGUAGUUUGUUAAUCAGUGAAACUGGUUUCUAGUAGAAUUUAAUAUAAAGUAACAAAAAAUAUGUUUUUGGAAGGUAACAGUGAUUUGAGGUGUUGCAGUGAGGUAGUUGUGGCUGUGCUAAUUCGGUCACGAAGGGAUAAAGCAGUAACAGUCUGUUUAAAUGAAGUGGUGGUUUUGAGAGAUCUUAUCAAUAGUCUAAAACAUACUUGUACUUAUUUUAAACGUUGUUAGCCUUUCUGUUUAGGAUUUUUUUCUCGGUUAUUUUUGAUAAUAUUUGUAUGGAUUUGUAUGGAGAGAACGUGGGUAAGGAAAGCCCAUUUAAUAUAGAGAAGGGUGUAUGAAGAACCUAAUAGUUUGUUUCACUCAGUGUACCUUGUUUUUUCGAUCAUUUGACUUCUAUUGCCGAUUUGUUUUCCGUGCCUUAUCUGUGCGAUGUAUGUAACGAGGAUAAAUGCUGUGUCGUGGCAAAUCGCGCUGCAGACAUUCUAGUCGCGUCCCUUGGCUUGCUUACGUUCGCACGUAUUGCGUGCCUAUUGCAACUUUGAAUCAAAACAAGCUAUCUCGAUUACUCUAUUUGGGCAACGCCCAAAUAAUCACAAUUACAGUAAAAUAGAUGUAAAAAGUGGUUGACACAUUUUCCAUUUUAAAGUGGAGGGGAACAAGUUCCUUCUUCAGAAGGUUCUAAUAACCUGCUCAGUUGUAGCCAUAAUUAUAUUAAGCCCUAUCAAACGUGACCGUCCGCCAUAACGACAUACGCCCGGAGUCUACAGAAAAAUUGCUGUAUUGAAAACAAUAAUUAUAACGGGUCUGAAUUACGAUGAUAAUAUAUUUAAAGAGUCAGUGUAGCUAACAACCACUAAUUUCAAUGAAUUUUUGUUUGCAGAACUGGUUUGCGUUUUCUAAAUCGCUGAAAAAGCCACUGUCUUUUGAGCACGGCAGCGUAGAUUUUAUAGGCACCAACAACACUAGCCCACCACCUUUGGAUGAAAAUAAUAAUGCAUUUUGCAAGGUAAGAAUAGAAAAAAAGUUAAUAUGUAUCACUUUUAUUACACGAUUGGUCGUCAAACGUUACUCACACUUUUUUUGGCUAAAUGUUUUCGGGUAUUUCUUGUUUUUCAGUUCGUGUUAUUCACAAGAAGUUAUAGCUCGACUCCAACAGUGCUCAUCGCUGCCAAUCACAGCACAAACGUAUCCGGGAACUCAGCCCCAGUUCACAACGGUAUUUCCACGUGGAUUGAGGUAAAAAUCGCUCUAGUGUGACACUAUUUCAGGUCAGUUGCAAGGGUAGCGGUGCUUUCCGCAGAUUAUUAAAGAAAACUUCCAUUAGCGCUAUGAAAAGAUGCCUUGACAAUCAAAGAAAUUGGAUGUUAAAGGAAGGAUUAAUUAAAACGAAAUUUAUGUAGAAAGGGACAAGACAAAAACUGAACUAGGUAAAAUUUAUAUCGCACAAAGUAGUACGUGCUUUUGGUGAAUAUGACAUCGGAGCAUGCGCGGCUUUGCGAGUUAAAACUCUGUCCAUGUGGUUCAAUAAUAAGUUAUUGCGGGCGACAAAAGGAGCCCGCUAUCCUAAUCUCCAGUUUGUUAUUACGCAUGCGUCGCAUGUAUGUAGCCAGUAUUCGUUUGGAUUUCCACUAAGAAUGUUUGGAAUGCAGCGCGUUUGAACCUUCUAUGGCUCGUAAUCUGAUCACGCGUGUUUUGACUUUCGUCACGUGAAAUUUAGGCAAAACACAGCGCUGGAGCAAAACCGUGUGACCUUCGAUCGUUGUCGCGCGCACUCCGUAACCUUUGGGUAUUACUAGUAUUAAAUACCUUAACACAUGUUGAGGUAUUCAAGGAGAGGGAGGAGAGGGAAGGGAAAGGGUCUUUCCCUUACCUCUCCUCGCGAUUUUUUCACCCUUUCCCCAAACAGAGAGCCUGUUCACAGGCUACUCGUGCCGGGACAACAGGUUUGUAGUGCGAAUAUAUUAUAUUAUUGUAUAUACCAAAGGCACUUAAUGGUUACUGUAUAACCUAGCUAGCUACAAUCACAGACAAAAGUAGUUGGAAAGGUUGUACAACUUAACAGUAGUCCAUUUUAAUGGUGAAAAAAGAGAGUUUUCUCUUUGCUAAAUAUCCCCUGUCCCCCCCAUUCAAUGUUGAAAUAUAACAGAACAAUUACGCGCACAAACGUUAACGUUUUGAUCAACAAUGGACCAGGGGCGGGGGGAGGAAGGAAAAGAAGAGGUAAAAAAGACAACCUUCCCAACACUUUUGACGAUGAUUGUAGCUUUUUUUUUCUCCUUAUCUUAUCUCCAAGCAAGCGAGACUUGAACGCUUUUUAGAGCUUUCUUGUUGUAUUAGGUUUACUCAUUAAGAUUAUUUGGUUUAAUUUAUUUUUAUUUCAGUGCAUUUUAUAUUCCAUAUUGAUUAUCAGUUAGCGAAUAGAUUUUCCCCCUGAUCAUUUAUAUGUAAAUAGCGCGAUAGAAGUAAUUGAAUUUAUUGUUAUUAUUAUUUUUGUUAUUAUUAUUAUUAUUAUUAUCAUUAUCAUUAUCAUUACUAUUAUCAUCAUCUUCAUCAUCAUCAUUAAUAGUUGUGCACAGUGCUCAAAACAGUUUUCCUUUUGACUGAUCUGUCUCUAAGAAAACCAUUCUAGGUCCUUUCAGUAUUUCCCAACUAAUUUUGAACGAGCUGUUUGCAUUCGAAUUUUGAAGUAUCUAGUGGACAGCAGCGUAUCAUUUGAUAAUCAAUUUGGCAUCCCUGAGGGUCAUUCCACGUCAAAUGCAAAAACUAAUCUUGUCAAAUGGAUUCCCUCUUCAACUGGCGAAAACAAAUUUUAGGCUGGAGUUUUUCUUGAUCUUUUGAAGACUUAUUUGCAAUUGGUAUAUGUACAGUAGACUAUAAAAAUACUGAGAGCAGAGCUUAACAGAGGACACUAGUAUUUGGAUUUCCCCAGGUUUCCAUACCUGAGCCCCUCUUUUUAAUCUUUUAUAUCAAUGAUCUUCCUAAUUGUUUUAGUAACGUUGAGUCCCUUCUACUCGCUGAUGACACUAAUGUUCUGUUUGACCACCCUAAUUGCAUCUUAUGAUGGAUAUUAAUAAUAAUAUUAAUAAUGAUAAUAUUAAUAAUAAUAAUAAUGAUAAUAAUAAUUUUUAAUUAAUAAUAAUUUUAUUCAACUUUAAAAAUAUGUACAUAAUUAACCGAAAAUAUUUGAAGUAAGAAUUUAGCACCAUCCAACACUAAGAAUUAUAUAAAUCAUAAAAAUACAAUCACUAUACCCAAUAACGAUUUCCCAAAUUCAUUCCUUGCAGCUCAGACGCGAUCAAUAACUCUUGCAGGCAGUCCAGAGUUUUGAAUUAAGUCAUUACAAAAGAGAAUUAUCCGUCUCUAAUUUAAAAAAGAAACAAGUUAAAAAGAAUAAAAUUUCGUAUUCCUAAAUUCCUAAUUCUUUAAAAAGUUCCUAAAAGAGAUUAAUUCGGGCAGGCUCUAAUAUUUUCGAUCUGUACAUCUGAGUCAACAAAGUCUAGCUGUCGUUUUCUGGAUCCUGAGCCUCUCAAGCAUAGUAUCGCAGAGCGUGCGAUGGCGAAAGAUACUUUAGCUCUUAUCCAGGAAAUUGCGCUUCAGUAACUUUCUCCCUUCUUAUUUGCGAUCAGCUCCGCAAGUCUGCUUUGGUACUUAACACACUCAUCCGCCAUUCCACCUGUGAUCGUGAAAACUAGGGGAGUGAACGUUCCCUGUUCGAUCUCCAUUACUCUUUCCGCAUAUUGCCUCUUCUUCUCGUUCUAAUACUUCUUGUAGAUCUGCUUAGGAUGGGGGUGUCGGUUAUUUCCUAGUCGAACCGUAACUUGAUUGCAUCGCUAAAUUCCUUCUUAUUCAGAUUGUAAUCCAGCUGUUUGAGGGGAAUCACGGUCCGGCAAUUUGAUGAUCCCUUCUCUGGAGCUAACUCAACAGCUCGCUUAGCUUUUGUCGGCAGGGAGUUGUUCACCUGCUCUAGCCUCUCACCUAGACAGUAGUCUUUUUGUUUUUGUGUGCUCAGUUACGGUGUUCGAAUUUCUGAGGUAUCUGGAGGCUGGUGCUCUUGCUAAACAAUUCGCCUCACGAGCGGAUUAGUUACUUUGAUAGUAAAUUAUAAUAAUAAUAAUAAUAAUGAUACCGUGAUAUAAAAUAUACGUGAUAAAUGAGAAAAGAUAUAGCACUUGUCAUUUUCUGAACUCGUACACCGCCAAACGCUAGUUGUUUUAGUUCGAACAAUGCCGCUCGACGUCUCGGUAUGUAUGUUUUGUUUUAAUCUGUUUUUAGAACAUGAAUGCCUCUGGAUUCAGAGUCUGUGUCAAAGAGUUGUUUGGAACCAGAUAUGAUCCCUUGUCAGUGAGUUAUGCAGUGCUUACAGGUUCGCAAAUACUGAAAAUUUGUUCUAAACUGAUAGUUAUUUCGAAUGAUAAACAUACAAAAAAUCGUAUUUUCGUAGGCUCUGUGCACAUGUGCACGUUUAAUCUCCCGUUUUCGCGUUAACAAAUACAUUGAAAGUGGAUUUUAUACCAGGUGACGUAAAAUUCCGAACAUAAAAAGGCCCCGUCACUUAUAAGCCCUUCGAAUAUAAGCCCGCAAAUUUGUGUCCCAAAGAGGCCUUUUGUAAGACUUCACCCCGUAUAUAAGCCUCUCGAGGGUGGGGGAGGGUUUUUAUUUGGGAACCACUCUCACAAAGGGCAAAUCGUUCCAUAUCGGAACCCCAAAGGACAAUCUCAGACUUGAAUCUUCACAUUCAGAUUUCUACGAAUAAAUUUUAAACUGCCGUAUCGUUUAAGUGUGAUCAAGAGCCAUUAUGGCUCUUGAGGUGAUGCAUAGGAUCGGAAUGAAGGUGUUCACAAACAAUCACCCAGACGUAGUUAAUCAAUAGUAAUUGAUAUCAAUCAAAGAUGAAUAUCGAUUUCCGAUAUCGAUCGAUAGAAAUCGAUAAAGAAAAACAGUUGUGUCUUCGAUUAAUGUCGAUGAUUUUCCGAUAGAAUUCGAUGAUGAUAUUUUAAUCGAUUGUUAUCGAUUACUAUCGAUUCCUAUCGAUUGUUAUCGAUUUUGUUAAUCGAUAAUAGAAGAUAAAUUAUUUUUUCUGUGACUUCGAUUUCGAUCGAUUUCCGAUAUCAAGCGAUAUUCAUGGGCGGGUUAAACUGAUUAAUAUCGAAGAUAUAGAUUGAUUUUCGAUAUCAAUUUUUAUCGAUUAACUACGUCUGGAAUUACGUUUGUAAUGUGUACGGGGUCUAACAAAAUGCUGGUUUUUACCUGACGAGACCCAGGACAUAAGGAUCCACGAACGCGAAAGUGAUUUUAGGGUUUUUUAUAUUUUUACCACAUAUAGAUAUCUGUGAUCCUGGCUGGAGCUACUUUAAUAGCUUUUGCUAUGCAGUCAGCGAGAAGUGCGCAAAUUGGACCGAAGCUCUGGCGAAUUGCCGGCAGAAAAACGCAAGUCUCGUCAACGUCUACAGUAAGGAGGAAAACGUAUUUAUACAACGUCUUCGCAAUGGAGCAAAGUCCUGGCUGGGAUUAAAUGACAUUUCCAGAGAGGGAACGUUCACCUGGGCAGGGAGCCGGCCAGGAAACUUUACAGCUUGGGCCAAAAACCAACCAAAUAAUGUUGGAGAUGAAGACUGUGCGCAUACACUUGGCAUUGGGCACAACUACAAGUGGAAUGACGUGAAGUGCAGUGACUGUCAUCAGUAUACCUGCAAAAAAGGUCAAAGGAAAAUUACAUAAACAACCAAGAAGUCUUUUUUAUAAGUAGGUUAUAUAAUCCGGAUGAGUUGAGUCCCGUUUAAGACUGUUGGCGGUGAGAGUGACUGCUGUUUCAACAACCUCGUGCAUGCUGAAGAACUUUAUAAACAUCACCCCCCAACAAGCCGGUCUUUUGCCUGUUUGUUGUAGCCUGUCCCCGCGCCCAGCGCGAAGUAAAGAGAGGAGAGAAGAAAACAGACUUCCCUCUUCGUUUUCUUCGAUUUCUUCACUUCGCUCUGCUCUCCACUAACUAAACACCUGGAACAGGCUAGCCUGUUCACAGAACCUCUAUUUUCUGCGCUUCACGCUCGCUCUCGCUUUCAUCAAAUCAGAGUAGAAAAACAUCUGCAAACAGGCUUGGAACCCGGUUAUAGACCCUUGAUACAUCAAAGUCCGUCUGUUAUACAACUAUCCCCCAAAUCGGAGGAGAAUAGUGGUGGAUCUAAUAACGAGACGCGAAGCGUCGGAGUAUAUAUCGAGCGCUAUGAACCGACCCUGAGGGGUUAGUUGUUUUAGUAUUUACAUACGAAAUCAGUUGGAUAAAAAUCAAAAAGGAACUUUUUUUGUAAAUAAAAGACGUCGCUUAGUUAUAGUUUGUUUAGGUUUCAAUUGACAGUGUUUCAGGGAUCAAUUGUUAUGAUUUUGUUCCAAAUUCAGUAAGAAAAUUCUUUUCUACUGACCAGUAAACACCGAGAAACCAAAUUUUUUCUCUUUCUUGGUAUUUGUUGGUGCAGCUGCUUCAUUUACCGCUAAAAUUUCAUCUUUCGACACUGUUGCGAAACGAGACGCAGAAUCCUGUCCCAAAACAGUGAAUAUCCAAGGAUAUUCCGAGUUACCCUAGACAAUCAGAACGCGCGAAAAUUUCUAUCCACUGAUUUGGUGAAUACUAAUAAAAACUAGGUUGUGCUCUUUUUUUGAACUACAUCUUCCUGUCUCGAUAUCAGAUAACACAUCCACCGCUCUUAUUCUUUCCCUGUCUUCUCCAUGUUUUUAGCUCUCUUGAAGCGUUUGCCAUGAUUACCUUGGCAAUAAGAAUCAAAUAUUGCUUUACACCAUAUUUUUUUUCUUGAAUUUUUUUUUUUGUUUUCUUGUUUAUGCCUUAACAGACCUGAAUGAGUGCAGUGGCAACAAGUUCUGUCAUCUAAAGGCUAAUUGUACAAAUCUGUGGGGUUCGUUUAAGUGCACCUGUAACAAUGGCUACGGAGGAAAUGGAUUUAACUGUAUAUACGGACGAGGUACAUAAGAGACAUUUUAACAACAUAAGAGACACAUUUUGAAUGAAAACUAAUAGGAGUUAAACGUUUCUGAAAAAUGUUUCUAACCUGUCCAAACUAUAUGUCUUCCAUACGGCAGGAUUUUGAGGCACGUACUCUUCUAUAGUGUAAACUGAAGACUGUUUUCCAGUCUUGCUAGAUCACUUAGGUAUAUCAAUUUGACAGAUUUUCAAUCGCUGCCGAUCUGUUAUAAAUCUGUGUUUGUCGUUACCAUAUACAAAUAUUUUAUAUUUAUAUAUAUAUAUUUUUUAUAUACAAAUCAAGGGAUUGCGUCCAAGGAGGUCUGCGUCUCGACGGGAUUAAUGGUAUCAAGGCUUCCCGCGUUGCACCGGCUGUAACUGAGACACAAUUAUUUUGAUGGAAUAAAUUUCUUACUGUUAACUAUUUUUACGACUAACGGCUAAAAUUUCCGCAUUUACACCAAAAGACCAAAAUCUUUGGCUGUUUUAAGGCUAGCUGUUAACUCCAUAGAGACCUUCUUAGCAGCGUCUACCGGGAGUCCGUGGAUGGGCGAAGCGUGAUUACGCUCUUUUACGCCCUGUUAAACGAUCAAAGUUUUCGUCCAACAUCGUAUUUGUCUUGCACAAAAUGUUUUGGGUUAUUCUGAGACCAAAUCAGAUUCAUUCUUGUACCAUAGUUAUUGCAAUCGACCUUCUUUUCAGGAUUACAAGACUCUGCUAUUGUGGGAAGCAACAUAAACCACUUGACUUUGUUAUUUAACUGGCUUAAACCUGUGGCAAAAAGCGUCAAUCCUUUCCGGAAACACUGUUGGCGUGCAUCCGUGGACGGCUGGGCUGCAAGGACAUUUCACUCCGGAUGUGACGGCAAGGGCCCGACUGUGACAAUAAUAAGGGUCGGGAGAUAUAUUUUCGGAGGAUACACUAGUAAAUCUUGGGGUAAGUGCGCAUUGUAAACAGAGAUAUUACGAUAACACUUUUUCCGCUACUAGCACUAAGAAGUUACAUGUAAAUGUACAGGUGAGCAAUAUGGUGGACAAUAUGGAGUCUGUUGACCCUGCAAUGAAGGCGUGGUUUUAGCCAGCAAAACAGGUUUAAAUUUCAUGUUGUCAUCGACUAUUGAAUCUUUGGAAAAUGAGGUAACAUGGCCCUCUGCACCCACUACCUUACUUUUCAUUACAAAAAUUGUGUUAAAAGACUUUUAAAAAAUAUGUAUUAUUUUCAUACACUUUACUCACUAUAUGUCUUUUCAUUGGCUAAGAGCCUACAGUUCAUUUUGGAAAUCAGCUUAAAAUACAGACAAGAACCCGAUAGUGGAGGUUCAUUGGGCUGCCGACUGCGCGGUCUACAGUCUACGUCAAAAAGGCGUUAUUUUUUUCCACACGAUAAAAAUAUUCAGUUUUAAGAUUUUUUUUGGUAUUUUUCCUUAACUUAAAGGAAUAAAUUGUUUUGCAUUUUGACCCGAAAAAGUUUGAUUUCAUCCGCACGCACUUUAAACAAUGUGAAAAGAUGAAACGAUCGAUAUCACGUAUUUUACCGUGAUACUAAUAUGAGUUGAAAAUUCGCCCGAGUUCGCUGUUUGUCUCACCCGUGACUAACUUUUCUUCAUGGCAGAAAAUUAUGCCGCUUUAUAAUCCCUCCGAAUUUUUGUGCCAGCCAAACAAUAUCGAAACAUUAUUCACAGUCCCUGGAUAUUAAAAAGACUGAACGAAACGCAGUGUAAACGCACUAUGUUCUCUUGUUUACUUCUGAUCACAGGUGCAUGAACUCUCUUUUCAAGCGAUUCAUCUCAAUGCACGAUAUUAUAUAUUAUACUGUAAUAUACUAUAUAUUUAACAAUUAUUCUUUGAAAUCGAGGUGAAUAGUGGCAAAAUAUUUACCGAGCCGCGAAAGCGGCGAGGUAAAUAUUCCCAAAGCUACUAUUCACCGAGAUUGAAAAGAAUAAUUGUUUUAGUAUAUACACACGAAGUGAUCUCAACAAAAUCACAGCGGAAACUAUUAAAAAGCACGAUUUGAUUGACAGAUCAAAUCACGCGUAAGUUUAUCAUUUCGCAAACAACAGCGUAAUGGCUUAAAUGGAACCGCUAAAAGUUUGAACUGUUUCCUUACCUGAGAAGAAAAGUAGAGCUUUGUUGUUUUCUGUUGACUCGCCAAGUUUAUAGCCAAAAGGGUUUGUUAGUUUUGUUGUGUCGUUCUUCGCAUGAAGUGCUGACAAAAAUGGCGGCUCGGUUGCUCGAGGUAAGACGUCGUCUUCCUGUAUCAUUCUUUUUCCUGUUUACUUGAAACGUAGAAUUUCUGCAAACAUUUCCUUUUAAAUUUGUUUGUCAUAAAUAAACUUCGAUUUUUGAGCCAAAAAUUUUCUUGUUCACGAAACGGCUUCUUCUACCCGAAUACACGGGAGUUGUAAACAACCCAUCGAGCACAAAACUCAGCUACAGUAAACUAAAAAAACACCGUAUUGAAUCCUUCCAAGUCUUUUCUUGCCUUAAAAAAAGUCAGCCCUAGGAUUCUGUCGACUUUUAAUAGAUCGUUCUCUAAAAAAAUGGGAAAAACACCGAGCUCACACAUUAUCCACUCGCUAGGAGGUGAAUAUUGUGAAUAGUCCGAGAUAGAGAACCAAUCAGAUUGCUUAGAUCACCAAGAUCGCUGAGUGUGUAUAUACUAAUAUAAUAUAAUGUACCAUAUUAUACUGUUUUUGCCCCUCACAUUUACAGUGUUCGUUCGUCGUGUUCAAAACACUUUUAGGAAAAUACGGGUCACGUAAGUCAUGUGUAUCAUUCGAGAUAAAUCGAUUAUAGGCUUUUUUUAAGUUCCCUUUUGGAGUCCUUUUGGCGGUAACUUUAGCUUACAUCUCCAUAAAAUGGUAUGCGUGGCAAGAAACUUUACACGAGCUGUGAACUUUCAAAGGUUUAUCGAAACUCGUUAAUGCUGACAUCACUAUAUCGUGCUCGCUGAAUGGCCGAACACACAGAAUUGAGGAGAAGCAUAACAACUGAUAACGAGAUCAUGCGCAUAUUUAAUGCAACGAGGUUGCGAUUGUACUUUGGGGUAAUAUACCAUCGCAUCGACGGUUUGUUGCUCGCAUCUUCCAAAUUUUGUCAGCGCCAGCUGGUUAUGAAGAAUAAGUCAGCGGAUUAAAGCCAAUCAGAAAUGGAGAACUAUUUUAAAUGAAGAAUAAAGAAUAUAGUAUAGAAUAAAUGGUGAGGAGACCUCAAAAAACCUCAGUUCUUGUCCUAAGAGGUCCCCUCGAUGAAAAAACUGAAUUAUUGAUAUCGAGUGGCGAGACUGUACCAGCAUAACUGCCCGUCUGUUAUUGCUUGUUUGUUUGUGUUAUAUAUCUACACAUUUUCAUAAUCGUUGGAAGAUCAAGAAGAUUUCUUUUGAAGGAAGAUAAGAGGUACCGUAUAUGCUUGAAUUAGCGCCCAGGGCGAUUAUUUAAUUUUUUGACUUGAGAUCGAAGGGGUCGCUUAUUUAAAGGGAAGGGCUUAUUUCCAGCCUCGACAUGACCUUAUCUUUGUUUCAAAUGAACAAAACCUGUAACACUUAACAGGAAAACUUAAACGUGUGGCUUUCACCGGAAACCAAACUUUGCGCGCAUAUGGUACACAUACUUCGCUCCUGGCUGUAGUCACUAAAUUCUUUCACUACCCUUAUCAGAGGUGCCGUGUCUUCGACAUGCGACAGUGUAAUGUCCUCAAAUUAGUCAUUCUCUUGUUCACGAUCGUACAUCUUAUUUAUGCUGUAUUCCUUGAAGGUAUAAGUAGUGCAUGCCCCGGCUUAUAAUCAGUAUAAGGAGGGUUGUUAGCCCUUUGCCGGUGGAUCGGGCCAAUUUCGUUCCAUAUGGAACGAUGCAGAUUAUCCAUUUCUGAACCCCUUUAGCUUCGAUCCGGUUUAAGUGAUUAAGUUGAUAAGUAGCAAAUUCAGGAACGAUAAAUAUUUCCCCACUGAAUAAAUCUCAUUUUGAAUCCUGCCAGAGUUACACACAAGAAACCUACUAACAUUUUUGGGAAUAAUACAUUGCCAAUUUCGCUAUUCCCCGACUUCUCUUUGUAAAUUAAAUUUCUCCCUUUCCUGUAAAGUUAGCCAGCCACAAUUCCAUAGAAAGCAAGACAAAAAGUUGGGUAACAAAACGAUAUAGAAUAGAAAGGAAAGGGAAAGAAAGAGGGCGAGAAAGAAAGAUCGAAAUAGAUAUUUGCAAAAAAAAUUAAAAAAUUGCCCAAAUUUUUUCUUAAGCGCAUGCGCCAAAACCAAAAAUGAAACUCGCGGGAAAAUAUGCAAAGAAUUAAAGGGGCGCUAAUUCGAGGAAGGCGGAGGGGGUUUUUUUGAAGGGGGCGCUUAUUCAAGCGGUGUCGGUUACUAAAGGAGGUAAAGCAUUCCAUGUUCUUGUUAGAGUAUAGUGAACAGUACGAAGUUCAUAUAGAAUGUUUAGUCUCGUAGCACUACGGCAAAUGAUCGAACAGAGAGAGAAUCGGAUUAAUUUUAAAGUAAAAAUUUAAGUGCUACAAAUAACCCUUAGACCACACUGAGCGAUAGACUCAGUAAAGGGAAUUAGGGGACCAUGAAAGGCAGGCAAGGAAAGAAAUCGUUUAAAAUCGAUGGGAUUUGAACCCACGACCUCUGAACUAGAUGAGGCCUGAGAAAGCAAGUCGUCGGCAAUUAAGGUGGUGGAUCGCGGCGAGGAAAGAGUGUGCGGGGAACAUAGAAUGUUGUCCCGCAUAGCAAUAGUAACAAAUGAUGGAAUAAAGACCCUCUUUCUUCGCCACAGUAACUGUCUACGAGCCUUUUUCUUGUAUACCUGUUUACCUUAAGAAAAGUUACAUUAUAUGGAUGGUUUCGCUGUAAGUACUACGACAAUGUCGCUAUUAGCACUUACUUCUUUUUCUUUUCUUUCUCAGCCCAAGGUAACUAUGACUCGUAUCAAUACGAUUCAAAAGCGUUUCUGUUUUCACUGGUGAACAAGCCAGGAUGGGCACCUGUCAAAUUGCCUCAAACCGGGGAAUAUGCUUUUUACAAACGUUCCAUACGCACUAACAAUUACUAUGGGCCUACAUUCGGAGGAGGAUUUGACAUUUACAUUUCCAACUACGCGUCGUCCAAUAGCGAUUCUUACAGCAACCUUGGCCAUACUUACAGCCCACCGAGAGGAUACAGCUACCGCAGCACCUUCGCCCGAACAUUCUUGGCAGGAUCACACUACUUCACACCAGACGAAGUAGAAACUUUUUACGAAACAACCUAA